CCUUCUCACUACUUAUCUUAAGACCUUCGUCCUCCCUCAACGCUCGUGAGAGACGCCUAUCAUCUAUACCCACUCGAACGCAACAACACAACACAAGACAAAGAACAAGACCAGUUCCAUCCGUCUCGGAAGAGCUGCCGCAUACACGUCUUUUCCCCAAUUCACCAGCCCACAGUCAAGCACCGGUAACAAGCACGCUGGCCAACAACGCGAACCGCCGUACCUUGAUGUCGGACUUUGUAGACAUUUCGAAAAAGUCAGGACGCACCUUCAUCCCGCUCAGUAAACCGAAUUAUAAACACGACUCCAAUUCUUUAUUAUUAUCAUCAUGAUCAACAUGGCUUCCCAAUGCAACCAGUCUUUCGCUGCUACAGCCAUCAUCUCCCAUGACCUAGCAGAGAAGAGAGCCACAGACCAUCUCGCGACAGAUGUGGGACUUGCAACAACAACAACAACACCGAAAAACAUGUCUUUAGCCGCAGACCAGGUCCAAGCGGCUGUAGCAGCGAAGAAGCCUAUUGGUAAACCGAGCGGAGAUGGAGUGCGAAUCCUGACUUUGGCCGAGUACAAAGAAGCUGCAUUGUCCUUGGCAGAAGCUUUCAAGGACGAUCAUACCAGCCAAUACUUCACUCAUACCCCCGAUCGUGCUCAUUGGACCGAGCAGCAGCGAUGGGAACUUCACGUGAAAGUGAUGGAAUACAUCACCUAUGCCCAUCUCUUAAAAGGUCUCGUCGUCAGCGCCGGACCAAAUUAUGAUUGUGUAGCCCUCUGGAUGCCCCCCGGAAAAGACAUCGACGGCUACUCCACCCUCUUCCGCUCGGGCCUCUGGCGUCUACACUACCAACUCUCCCGCGUCGGGCGCACAAGAUUUUUCCACGAAUUCCUCCCCUUACUAACGACGACCAAACUCCAAACUCUCGGCCCCCGCCGCGACGCAGACUCGUGGUAUCUCGUAUACAUUGGAACUCGCGCCGCGAGUCGCGGCAAAGGGUAUGCGCGGCAAGUGAUUGAAUAUGUGACGCGGCAGGCCGAUGCGGAACGGCGAGCGUGUUAUUUGGAAUCUUCGCAUGUGGUGAAUUUGGUGAUUUAUGGGAAAUUGGGAUUUGAGAAGAAGGGGGAAAUUGUGUUGGGGAGAGGUGGGGAGGAGGAGAUUGGGUUGGAUGUUAUGGUUAGAGAACCCGUUGGGGAGGAUGGGGAUUCGGGGGUGGAUGUAGUGUAAAUCUUUUUCUUUUUCUUUUUCUUUUUUUCUUUUUUUCUUUUCGCUCUUAGAGUGAAGGGGGAGAAGAGGAAGAAGAAGAUGGGGAAUGAGAGUGGGAAAGAGAGAGGAAUGGGAUGAGCAGCAGUGGAUGAAACAGAAUGUUACAUGAUUGGUUUUUUUUCGGUGAGGUGUUUGAAAACGAAUGUACGUACAAACUAACU